AUGACGACUUUCCACUCUUCCCCACGUCUCACUUAUCGCGCAAUCCAAUCCCCCAAGGACGAAGAAUUCUUCCACCAACUCCUCACUGAACCCUCAGUAUGGGAAAACGCAUCUAUACUCCUCUGUCUCCCCAUCGGACCCAAGACAACAACUCACAUCCGCACGAAGUCCGUUGAAGGUAGCAUUUUGGCAGUUCUCAUCUGCAAAAAGAACGAAACCGAGGACGACAAGGAGUCCACGAGCAGCAGCCCGAUAGGCUUCCUGAACAUAAACACAGGCGAAAAACUCGAGAUUCAUAAUCGGGCUGCCAAGAUGGGUAUUAGCAUUAGACCCGAGGAUCAGGGUCAAGGUUAUGGAUCAGAGGCUAUGCAGUGGGCUUUGGAGUGGGCGUUUGUGCAUGCUGGGUUGCAUCGGGUGGCGUUGAAUGUUGCUGAGUGGAAUGAGCGUGCGACGAAGCUUUAUGAGAAGUUGGGGUUUGUGUUGGAGGGGAGGGGCAGGGAAGCAUUGUGGAAGUCGGGGAGGUGGUGGGAUCUGCUGGAUAUGGGAAUUUUGUCGCGGGAGUGGGCUGAGAGGAAUGGGAAGGUGAUUGCGGUUUAA